AGGAGGAGGAGAGAGAGGCAGUCAAACAAAUUCUUACCCCGGGCAAAGUGGCCGUUUCAAUAGCAGUGGCCGUUUCAAUAGCCUGUUUAUGAGGCUUCUAUGUCCGAGUUGCUGCACACAAGACGGCCUGUCUGCCGCAACGUACUCAGGAAGCUGUUGAAUUUAACUUUUAUUUCAAGCUCGUUUCCCCCCCACCCCUUUCUCCCUACGAAUGUUACUUUCCGCUCAAAGCGGCCGAAGCUAGUGGCUGUGGCAUAGUUCAACGCCUGCUUGCAAUUCAGGGCCUCAACUUCGGCAAGAGCGAUGAGUUUCAACAAAGCUCACCGCUACGGCCGGCAAGUCAAUGGGACUCACUCGGAUAAUGGCAUCACUUCGCCCAUGGAUUCCUACAGCUCUGGCUUCAGCGGCUCCGUAAAUGCCAGCAAAUCUGACAACAGCUGCUCGUUCACACAGCACAGGGCGAGCGCCGCGCCAGCAGGGCCCACGAGUAGCCACCCGACACGAGACGGAGAACCGCAUCCCGGAACUGGAUCCCGGCGGUCAGACUCUGCCAUCUCCGUGCACUCUCUGCACUCCGAGUCCACGCUCUCGAUCCGCUCCACGUUUUCCCUGCACGGUCCUGAGGAGGAGGAGCAGCAGGAGCCGCUGGUGUUCGUGGACCAGCCGUCGGGGAAGCUCACGUGCCAGCUGUGCGGACGCGUCUACCGCGAUCCCGUCAUCACCACCUGCGGGCACACGUUUUGUCGAAAAUGCACCUUGACGGCCGACAAGUGCCCGGCCGACCUAGCCAAGCUGAGCGUGGUGGUGAGCAACAUCGCCGUGGCGGAGCAGGUGGGCGAGCUCGAGGUCCGCUGCAAGUACGGCUGCCGCCCUGCGGGCAACCCGCUGGGCGCCACGGCCGCCCCCCUCUUCCGGCCGUCGGGGUCCUACGACUACGAAUCGGACCCCCAGGGCUGCCCCAUCACCAUCAAGAUGUGCCUACGCAAGGAGCACGAGGAGACCUGCGAAUACCGUCCCGUUCAAUGCCCCAACAACCCCGACUGCCCCCCGUUGCUCUGGACUCACCUGGAGGCCCACCUGCGCGAGUGCAAGCACAUCAAGUGUCCGCACGCCAAGUACGGGUGCGACUUCGUGGGGAACGACGACACGGUGCCGGCACACCUGUCGCGCUGCCGGUACGAGGCGGUGAGCGAUUACCUGCGCGCGUGCGAGGAGCGCUUUGGCGAGAUGCGGCUGUCGCUGACGCAGCGCGACCAGGAGCUCGCCUUCCUGCGGAGCAUGCUGGGCCGCCUCGCCGAGCGCCUGGAGCAGCUCGAGAAGUCGGUCGACGUCAAAUUCGACAUGCUACAUGAAAAUCAGACGAAGCUGGGCGAAGAGCUGAUGGAGUUCCGUAGAGAUACCACACUGCUGAGCGAUGAGAUGUCUCACAUCAACGAUCGGCUCAACAUGGGCGUCCUGGGAUCUUAUGAUCCCCAGCAGAUCUUCAAAUGCAAGGGCACCUUUGUGGGCCACCAGGGGCCCGUGUGGUGCCUUUGUGUGCACGUCGGAGGGGACCUACUGUUCAGCGGUUCGUCCGACAAGACCAUCAAGGUGUGGGACACGUGCACUACUUACAAGUGCCAGAAGACAUUGGAAGGGCAUGACGGCAUUGUGCUGGCUCUGUGCAUACAGGGCAACAAGCUCUACAGCGGAUCUGCCGACUACAACAUAAUAGUGUGGGACAUCCCGACGCUGCAGAAGGUGAGCAUGAUGCGGGCUCACCACAACCCGGUGUGCACGCUGGUCGCCGCCAACGGCAUGCUGUUCAGUGGCUCGCUCAAGGCCAUUCGGGUGUGGGAUAUCGACGGUGUGCAGCUCAACCUCAAGAAGGAGCUGGCAGGACUCAACCACUGGGUGCGGGCGCUCGUGGCCUCGCAGAACCACCUCUACAGCGGCUCCUACCAGACCAUCAAGAUCUGGGACAUCCGCACGCUGGAGUGCGCGCACGUGCUCGAAACCUCGGGCGGCAGCGUCUACUCCAUCGCCGUCACCUCGCACCACAUCGUGUGCGGCACCUACGAGAACGUCAUCCACGUGUGGGACCUGGAGCGGAAGGAGUGCAUCCGCACGCUGACGGGCCACGUGGGCACCGUGUACGACCUGGCCGUCAUCUCCACGCCCGACCAGACCAAAGUGUUCAGCGCCUCCUACGACCGCUCGCUCAGGGUGUGGAGCAUGGACAACAUGAUCUGCACGCAGACGCUGGUGCGGCACCAGGGCAGCGUGACGGCGCUCGCCGUGUCCCGUGGACGCCUCUUCUCCGGCGCCGUCGACAGCACCGUGAAGGUGUGGACUUCCUAAUUACGUCGCAUGCUGGUCACGAGACGUCGCACCGCGCCUCGGGCGAAGUGGCCGCCAAACACGGCUCCAACCGCGCAAGCUGCGUCAUGGCGCAGAAGAGUUAAACUGGACAUCGCCGAUGUAGUCUGUAGAUAGCUGAUGUCGUCACGUGACGGUUGCUUGGCGCAGCGUCUUAGACGGGCGUGAAACGGGGGCCUCCUGAUCUGCAGCUCCUGCGUGCCCCGCCACGGUGUGGCUUUCAGCGUUUGUCAAUCUUCAUCAGGAAUGCACGAAAGUGCACGUACGUGCAUGCGCUAGGAUCGCGAACUGAAUUUGUACGAACAUCACCACGUGUCGGAUAUUCCAUCCAUAUCGACACUUCACGACGAUACGUGCAUUGAAUCGCAUAGAAUCGUAUUUGCUGUAUGUGAUGAGUUCACUUAACUCUUGCAGCCACAUUCACCAAAACGUAAAAACAAUAACCUGUUCUUGAAUCGAAUCGCAGCCGUACAUCGCGGCAAAUUUUAUUAGCACUCCCUGUAUACAUGAGGCCAACACGCACACACAAACGGGGAUCAAUAUCUAAAUUUUGAAUCGGCGCCCUCUGCGUCAUGUGGGACAUGCUUACCAAUCCUUGGGCACACAUAACAACCUCAUUUGUAACAACCUCAUUGCGUAGAAACGAGCACAUUUAUACGUGAACUGAAGAUUGGUAAAAGUGGUAAGGACCGCACCCAUGGUGGGUUGUGAGUACAGGAGUUUAUGAGAAUCAAGCCUCGGCAAGACAUUAAAAAAAAACGGUUCUUCUAUUGUAGAUGCUUACUUUGUCCACCACGAGGACCUGCAGCUUUGAGUAAUGAGAAAAAGACUUGCAGUGACAAUCAGGAGCAUGCAUUGACAUACUGAGACUUAUACGAUUGACACUGCAGCCACAUCACGAGACUUUAAAUGCUUUUACUCUCAUUCACGACCUCGGAUCGGAAGAGGUGGCUUGCAACUUGGGACAUUGUGAGAAUUAGUUUUUGUUUUGCGUGAAUAGGUUCGACUAAAUUUUCUUAGAUUUUUAUUUUCGUUUGAAAAGGGAUAUUUGCAUCGUCACAUUUGUUAGCAUUGCCGCCGAUCGUACCGCCAACAUCACGAGCAUCACCGGCAGCGUCGGUCAUCUUUACUGUCAGUCAUCAUGAUGAUUGUUAUCAGCAUCAAUCAAUCAUCAGAAUCCCAGGGUAGAUAAAAUAGGUACCACCCCGUGAAGCUAAACCUCUUGGUGGUGAGUAAGUCGUCGGUCACCUCUGUAUUGCAUAGAAGUGUACGGAUAAUUUGCGCAAAAAAAUGCCAUUGCUGUACCGUACUGUGCUCAGAUGUGACUGCACUUCCCGCAUUCACCGACCCGCACUGACCAGCAUGGUGAAGUAUGGUCAAACAACCCCCACGACUUACGUGGCGUGGGGGGAGGUCUUCCAGCAGUGGUAAUAGGCAACAGGGGCUGUGCAUGCACACGCUGUCGACUGCCUAAACGCAACCGCAUCUUAGCGUUGCUAAAUAUUGUGCCUAAGCGUGUGCAAGCGGCGGAAGUAUGCAUCCA